AUGAAGAUUUUAGAAGCUCAAUCAGCCGUAUUGACCAAUGUCGAGGUCUACACAUUUCUAAACAACCAAGCGAAGCAAUAUCAAGAUCAAAAGCGCAAGGGUCCUGCUAAUCUUGAAACACUACGUCAAGAGGUGCUGCAAUACUUUGAGUCGCCUCCAGGUCCUCUGAGUCAGAAACCUUUACCUUUUGAUACUACAGCUAUUCCCCAGAUGAUCAAGAGAUUGCGCCAAUACCAACUUAGCAAAGGAGAAUUAAUUAUGCUCUUAAACAUUCGUCCAACUAACGUUCCGGUUCUGAAUACUGUUAUCGAAGAUAUGGAAUCCCGUUUUAGCAGCGAUGAGCAGCAACAAAUUAUUGACAUUACUACCGAGAUUCUUGGGCAAUUCCCCGAGGAGCUGGAAGAAGACGGCCAAGGAGAUGUUGAGGACGGUCAGUGA